UUUCCGUUUUCUGCUGCAAACCCCCCAUUCUCUCUCAAUCUUUGCAGUACUCACAAAAACUUUUUUUUUUGGUUGCUUGAACCGUAGAAACUCUUGUUGCGUUUGUUCAAGAAAUCACAAUCUUUUUGGGGUUUAGAAGAAACCCUUUUGGUUUCUGCCUUCAAUAAAGCCGAGAUUUUGCAAUAAACAUCUGUGAAAGACCUGAAGAUUCCUGGGUUUUGAUGCUUAGGGAUCAAUCAGGAUAUAUAAAGAUUUGGUUUGACGCAUAAGACCAUGCGUUGAAUCGUUACAAAGUUGGUAGAUUGUGGAACAAGGCAGGUUUUAUUAUGGGCUGCAUUUGUUCAAAAGGAGCAGCAGAAGAUGAAGAAGAUGUUGCUUAUCAACGUGAGAAAGCAAAUGAGUAUUGGAACAAAUCUUCUUCUGUUCAAUUGAUUGCUCCUCUGCCUUCGAAUAAAGACGAUUUUUCACAUAAAGCUGUAGAUGGAAGCUCUGGUGGUGGAAGAAGAGCGAGUGGUUUGAUUGUUCCUAUUGAUGAUAGUCAUGAUGGUAAGACGAUUAUUGUAGAGAGACCUUCAAGGUCUUCUAAUCGAGGAAGGAGAGUUUCAGAUAAUGGCAAAGGAGGUGGGUUGGUCAUUUCUAAUGUUCCACGUAGCGCUGAGGCAGAGCUUAUUGCAGCUGGUUGGCCUUAUUGGUUAACCUCUGUUGCUGGUGAAGCCAUUAAAGGUUGGGUUCCAAGACGUGCUGAUUCCUUUGAGAAGCUUGACAAAAUUGGACAAGGGACUUACAGUAUUGUGUAUAAAGCUAGGGAUCUUGAGACGGGGAAAAUAGUGGCAAUGAAGAAGGUGAGAUUUGCUAAUAUGGAUCCGGAAAGUGUUAGGUUCAUGGCUAGAGAAAUCAACAUUUUACGGAAACUAGACCAUCCAAAUGUUAUGAAGCUUCAGUGUCUUGUCACUUCCAAGCUAUCAGGUAGCUUGCAUCUUGUGUUUGAGUACAUGGAGCAUGAUCUUUCGGGUCUUGCUCUUAGGCCUGGUGUCAAAUUUACUGAGCCAGAGAUCAAGUGUUAUAUGAAGCAACUGCUAUAUGGACUUGAACACUGCCAUAGCCGUGGAAUCUUGCACCGUGACAUUAAGGGUUCAAACCUUUUGGUAAAUAAUGAUGGAGUCCUCAAGAUUGGAGAUUUCGGUCUAGCGAGUUUUUAUCAUCCAGAUCAAGAUCAACCGCUGACUAGCCGUGUGGUCACCUUGUGGUAUAGAGCCCCUGAGCUUCUACUGGGAUCUACAGCGUAUGGACCGGCCAUUGAUCUCUGGAGCGUUGGUUGCAUUCUAGCAGAACUCUUUGUAGGUAAACCAAUCAUGCCGGGAAGAACAGAGGUGGAGCAAAUGCAUAAGAUCUUUAAGCUGUGCGGUUCGCCAUCUGAAGAGUUUUGGGAAACGACAAAGUUCCCACAGGCAACAAGUUACAAACCGCAGCAGCCUUAUACGCGAGUCCUUCUAGAGACGUUCAAGAAUUUACCACCUUCUUCUCUUGCUCUUCUUGACAAGCUUCUAUCUGUAGAACCAGAGAAAAGAUGGUCAGCGUCUUCUACUCUACUGAGUGAGUUUUUUACAACGGAGCCUCUCCCUUGUCACAUAUCAAGUUUGCCUAAGUAUCCGCCAAGCAAGGAACUUGAUGCCAAGGUUCGGGAUGAAGAAUCGAAAAGGUCAGUACCCAAGGAGAACGCAUAUUCGUGUACAAAUGAUGCAGGCGUGAUUCCUAACUACACUUUUCAUUUUGAAAAUGUCAGGAAAAAAGCUGAAGCUGUGAAGUGGCGUGGACACGAAUCUGUUAGACGAGGUUCAAGAGACUCCAAAGUAACACCAGAUUUCAUUGCUUCAGGGCAUUCAAAUGUCUCAAUCAACACCCCAGCGUUCAAGAAAGAAAAACGCUUUUCGGGUACCAAUUCAGUGAUCCAUCCAAGCUCUAGGAGCAAUGUAGGUGAGGUGAAGGCUAGCCGGUCCAACAACGUGCCUGUUACAAUGGAAGACUACUUAGCUAGUUCUUCUCAAAAGGAGAAUGUAGUUUCAAAACAACAACCCACAAAGACAUACAUGCGAAAGAAGAACAGAAUGCACUAUUCAGGUCCUUUGAUGCCUCCUGGUGGUAACAUUGAAGACAUGAUGAAAGAUCACGAGAGACGAAUCCAAGAAGCUGUACGGAAGUCCCGCCUUGAGAAAACUGCAACAAAGAAGAAGAAAGAUUUCUCUGUCAAAGCAUGUGCUUAGUGAAGUAUGAAAC